AUGUCUCGGCCGCUGUCGGACCAGGAGAAACGGAAGCAGAUCAGCAUCCGCGGCAUCGUGGGAGUCGAGAACGUGGCCGAGCUGAAGCGGGGCUUCAACCGGCACCUGCAUUUCACGUUGGUUAAGGAUCGCAACGUGGCCACCCCCCGCGACUACUACUUCGCGUUGGCCCACACCGUGCGGGAUCACCUGGUGGGGCGAUGGAUCCGCACGCAGCAAUACUACUACGAGAGGGACCCCAAGAGGAUCUAUUACCUCUCCGUGGAGUUCUACAUGGGCCGGACGCUGCAGAACACCAUGAUCAACCUGGGGCUGCAGAACGCCUGCGAUGAGGCUGUGUACCAGCUGGGGUUGGACAUAGAAGAGCUGGAGGAGAUCGAGGAGGAUGCCGGGCUCGGUAACGGUGGGCUCGGCCGGCUUGCAGCCUGCUUCCUCGACUCGAUGGCAACGCUGGGGCUGGCAGCCUAUGGCUAUGGCAUCCGCUACGAGUAUGGCAUCUUCAACCAGAAGAUCCGCAACGGGUGGCAGGUGGAGGAAGCUGAUGACUGGCUGCGGCACGGCAACCCCUGGGAGAAGGCCCGGCCCGAGUACAUGCUGCCCGUGCACUUCUAUGGCCGUGUGGAGCACACUGCCAAUGGCACCAAGUGGGUGGACACCCAGGUGGUGCUGGCACUGCCCUACGACACCCCUGUGCCCGGGUACAUGAACAACACCGUCAACACCAUGCGCCUGUGGUCGGCUCGGGCACCCAACGACUUCAACCUGCGGGACUUCAAUGUUGGGGACUACAUCCAGGCUGUGCUGGACAGGAACCUGGCUGAGAACAUCUCCCGCGUCCUCUAUCCCAAUGACAAUUUCUUCGAGGGGAAGGAGCUGCGCCUGAAGCAGGAAUACUUUGUUGUGGCUGCCACCCUGCAGGACAUCAUCCGCCGCUUCAAAGCAUCCAAAUUCGGGAGCACAGAAAGCGUCCGCACCGUGUUUGACUCCUUCCCUGACCAGGUCGCCAUCCAGCUGAACGACACGCACCCUGCCAUGGCCAUCCCUGAGCUGAUGAGGAUUUUUGUGGAUAUUGAGAAACUGCCCUGGAGCAAGGCCUGGGACAUCACCAAGCGGACAUUUGCCUACACGAACCACACCGUGCUGCCCGAAGCCCUGGAGCGCUGGCCGGUGGACCUGGUGGAGAAGCUGCUCCCCAGACACCUGGAAAUCAUCUAUGAGAUCAACCAGAGGCACCUGGACCACAUCGCAUCCCUCUUCCCCGACGAUGUGGACCGGCUGCGGAGGAUGUCCCUGAUAGAGGAGGGAGGCACCAAGAGGAUCAACAUGGCUCACCUCUGCAUCGUCGGCUCCCAUGCUGUCAACGGAGUGGCCAAGAUCCACUCUGAGAUCAUCAAGUCUGAAGUUUUCAGGGACUUUGCGGAGCUGGAGCCGGACAAGUUCCAGAACAAGACCAAUGGCAUCACCCCGCGGCGCUGGCUGCUGCUCUGCAACCCGGGGCUGGCUGAGCUCAUUGCAGAGAAAAUAGGGGAGGACUACGUGCGGGACCUGAGCCAGCUGGCAAAGCUGCACGAGUUUGUAGAUGACGACCUGUUCAUCAGGGAAGUUGCCAAAGUGAAGCAGGAGAACAAGGUGAAGUUCGCACUGUACCUGGAGAAGGAGUACGGGGUGAAGAUCAACCCCUCCUCCAUGUUUGACGUGCACGUGAAGAGGAUCCACGAGUACAAGCGGCAGCUGAUGAACUGCCUGCACAUCAUCACCAUGUACAACCGCAUCAAGAGGGACCCUGCGAAGCUCUUUGUUCCUAGGACGGUGAUCAUUGGAGGCAAGGCUGCCCCGGGGUACCACAUGGCCAAAAUGAUCAUCAAGCUCAUCAACGCCGUGGCCCAGGUGGUCAACAACGACCCCGUUGUGGGGAGCAAGCUGAAGGUCAUCUUCUUGGAGAACUACAGGGUCUCCCUGGCAGAGAAGGUGAUCCCUGCCACCGACCUGUCGGAGCAGAUCUCCACGGCGGGCACCGAGGCAUCGGGCACGGGGAACAUGAAGUUCAUGCUGAAUGGGGCCCUGACCAUCGGCACCAUGGAUGGAGCCAACGUGGAGAUGGCCGAGGAGGCCGGAGAGGAAAACCUCUUCAUCUUUGGGAUGAGGGUGGAGGACGUGGUGGAGCUGGACAAAGAUGGCUACAAUGCCCAGCAGUACUAUGACCGGCUCCCCGAGCUGAAGCAGGCUGUUGACCAGAUCCGGAGUGGCUUCUUCUCCUCGGAUGAGCCAGACCUCUUCAGGGAUGUGGUUGACAUGCUUUUCCAUCAUGACCGGUUUAAAGUCUUUGCAGACUACGAGGCUUAUGUCAAGUGCCAGGAGAAAGUCAGCGAGCUGUACCUGAACUCCAAAGCGUGGACCAAGAUGGUCAUCAGGAACAUCGCAGCCGCAGGCAAGUUCUCCAGCGACCGCACCAUCAAGGAGUACGCACGGGACAUCUGGCACGUGGAGCCCUCCGACCUGAAGAUCCCACCGCCCAACGAGCCGCGGGAGGGGGCCGAGGACAGGACCCCCAACGGCACUGCAGCGCGGGCAUAGGGCAGGGGAGGAGCACAGAGCUGAAAGCGAAACCAUUGCGACCCAUUGCUUGCGGUAGGGGCUCAAACUAAAAGUGCUGCGCGGAGGCGGAGUGGGGGUUGCUGGAGAUGGAAUGAGGAACUGGGCUUGUUUGCUGCAAAGCUGAUUGCUGAAAGUGCAGGGCUUGGGUAUUUGCAGUGCACCCUCACCCUGCUCCUGGUCCCCGCUUGACCCCUCUGUCCCUGCAGCUGUAUCUCCAUCCCCCGAGCACCCCGCAGCAGUGGGAGGACGAGCGUGGGUCUCAGUGUUUAUUACAUACAGCAGUAGUAGGGUCAGUGCCGCGGUGGGGUCCCAGUGCAGGGCAGGAGCAGUGCUUACGGGCGCUGCAGGCAGCAGCUGGAGUCACUUCAUGUUCAAGAAGUCUCUGCAACGAGAUGCAAUAAACCUCACGCUGUGUCACUCA